AUGAAGUCGACGAAGAGGAGCCACUGCUACAAGUCUCACAAACACGAGGAGAAGCACAAAAAAAGCAAGCUCAAACGGCGGAAGCGGUCUCACUCGUCAUCUUCGUCGUCUUCCGCUUCUCCCUCCCCCUCUCCCGUUCUCAGGCACAGGGGCAGAGUCAAGGUUUUGUCGUCUCCGGUCCGCAGAGCAGACGAUCGCGAGGCGCUCAACGCGGCUCUGCUGGCCACAGCGUCGCCUCGCGCGCCUGUCGCGGCGCCUGAUCUGCGGCGGAGUGGCCGCGCGGACGGGAGGCGUCAGCACGCCGAAGGCGUCCCAGAGCGGCGGCGAAGACGGAGCUCCUCGGACGGCGAUCACCAGGUUGUCAGUUUCGUCUACAACCGCCCCACUGUAGGUCCCACGGGGGCGUACGAAGAGGAGGAACAAGGCUCCGCGACGUCAGGACACGUUUCGCUCGUCGCCAAGGUGGCCGCCGCCAGUCUGCAAAACAGCUCGCCCUCAAGCCAGGGAGCGGGUGACCGCGAGCGGAAGCGGAGCCGCCACCGCCUGGCGGACGAUGACGACUGGGCGCAGCAGAGGCCGAAGAAAAAGUCUAACUUCAGCGGAUUCAGCGACGCAGGCCCGUCUGUGGGGGGCGGCGGGCGGACAGGAGAGAAGAGGAGGAGCAAUUUUUCAUCGAAGGCUGGCGAAGAGGACGCGUCAUCUGUCUCGGCAUCGGCGUACGAAGUCAAGACCUACCACAAAGCGUUUGGCUUGGAUGUAGGCGGGUACUCAUUUGUAGGCGAGGAGGAAGUGCUACAAAGUCCUAGAGCGCAGCGCGGAGACAAGGGCGAAAUGAAAGAUGCGGUGAAAGCCGGCGCAGCGGCCUCGCUCCUUCACGGCCCUCUCGUUGAAGUGACAGGCACAAAUCCACGAGGAGGCCGAAUCAGCAAAAAGACACAUCCCCACCUCUACUGGCAGUGCUGGAGUUGCGGAGCCGACAACUACAAGUCCCGGCACCAAUGCUUCAAGUGCAACCGUCUGUUUGCUCUCUGA